AUGGGCAACGGCCCAGGAGAAACGCGAGACAGUGUAUUCCAGUUCAUCAUCCCAGGAGGAAACUACAAUAUUGGGGGAUGUUUGUCAGGUCGAUGGGGCGUGGAAGGAUUCAGAACACAAAGCGGGGUUAGGAUGACAGAGUUGGAGGCUCUUCUUUGGGCGAUGCAGUGUAUGUUACGACAUAACAACCUCUUAACGAUUUUUCAGACAGACUGUUCUGAUGUGGUAAAGAUGGUGUCUAAACCAGAGGAGUGA